AUGGAAGCAGCAGACCUACAUAAGAUCGAAACUACUUUCAAGACAAUUUUGAGGAAAAGUCAGGCGCGGCGGUGCUUAAUUGAUAUCACAGCAGGCACUCAAGAGCCCGGAACUUUGUUUGGAAUGCCGGCCACCCGGGUUCCAUGUUCGGCGGCACUGACAUUAGCGGCAGCAGACCAAUUGCUUAUCUGGGAUCACUUCAGGAAAACAUGUCUGCCUCUACGGGGUGUCGAUAUAGAGAUAGUCGCAAUUAUAGCCCCUACGGCUUUACGCUCGAGAAUCGAAGACAUGGGAGUGCAGCAUCUGGAUAUGGAUGCAUGGAUACAACAAAUUACCAAAAAAAAAGUGGUCCCCGUCAGCUUAGAUAAGCGACAACGGUUUCUAUCAUGCCUCCGCUCUGGCCUACUAUACAAGAGCUGCAAAAAACUAGGGUGCAACACUGUCAUCCGGUUUGAGACGAAUCGGGACAUUGCCGCACACGUGUUCGAACGAAUAUUUCUGGGCUCCUUGGAGCGGAAAGACAUCUAUGAAGACAUCAGGGUGGUACGACCGCUUGAAUUAGUGGACCAAGAUGGUGUUGGUCGACUGCUGGUGUCCUUAUCGGGAAGCGCAGAAGCGAAAGCAGAAGCGAAGGCAGAAGCGAAGGUAGAGACUAUCGAAGCGGAGGCUAGAAUGGUUGAUGCACUAAGCGGUACAAUGACAUUGGAGGGUUGUUGCAAUGAGUUCAUGAAGGCCAUCCCGAGCGAAAUGCCAGCGGCUCUGCUAAACGUUAGAGCCGUCCUUAAAAAAUUAGAGGCGGAAGAGCGCAUCGUUGUACCUGGGAAUGGCAGUGACGCUAAACGGCCAUGUGGUAUCUGUUGUCGUCUGUUUGCUUCAGUGGAUAAUAGGUUGUGGCUCACAACAGAUUUGUCCAGCAAGAAUGUUGGGCAUUGUUCUAUUUGCAGAAGUAUUUCGAAAUAUUUCGAGGGGCUUGAUAGUACAAUUGACGAAGAAGUUGAAAAAAUUAAUCAUGGCCAGCCAGCCAGCUUAGCUACGUCUUGA